GUACCCGAGACUGGUCUGCGAUUAAGCGGCCUGGGAGCUCUUGUCGCUGAGCAGGAACCCUGGUGGCCUGCUGCUGGACGGGUUGCAGGAUUGAUGCCCAGGCCCGUUGACCCUGCCCUCCAGCCCCACGCUGAGCCUGUAUCCUUUUCUUCCAGCCAGGCUAACACAGGCAUCAACACGGCCCUGCUCCCUGACAGAGAGGUAUUCGCAGGAAACUGGAAUCUGCUACCACCACUGGCUUACUACCAGAAAGACGUGGCACGUCCUCUGAGCCGACGGGUCCCCAGAGCCCGCCCGUGACCAUGGAGGCCAGAACAUUCUGGCUGCUGGUGAUGGUCCUGCCCUUGGUGUCCUCCAGCUCGACUGGGCAGUACGUGGGUCUGUCGCCGAACCAGUGCGUGGUCCCAGCCAAGGACAGGGUGGACUGCGCCUACCCCGACGUCACCGCCGAGCAGUGCACCAACCGGGGCUGCUGCUUCGACUCCAGCAUCCCCGGGGUGCCCUGGUGCUUCAAGCCCCUGCAGGAAGCAGAAUGCACCUUCUGAAGCCCUGCUGCUGCCCGACAGCUUGGGAGGGGACUCUGCCUGGCGCUAGCACCUCCUUUUCUAUCACCUGCUCCCGGCAAGCACUGCCCCUAAUGUGUGAGGCCUGAUGUUUAAAGAAUAAAGCUCCCGUGCUCAGCAUGAGUUCACGUCUUCAUUCCUGAGACUUUCCGCUGCUGUGUUUUAUUUCUACCGAGUCACACUCCCCCUUCUCAGCAUUUCACAGACUGGAGCGGCGGCGGGUGUCUUAGCAUCUCCCAGCAGAGGGUCUCCCCCAGGCCUGGGGAGGAGGGAAGGGUCCCAGAGUAGCUCCCUAGCUGUGAUGGUGCAGCAAACCUCACGUCUAGUGCUGACCUGACGGGGAGGGCAAGCCGCCUUCUAAGUGUCCCUUGAGAAACACCGUUUCAAAUGUAAGUUCCAAAAAAAAAAAAAAAAAGAUUAUUAA